CCUUGAAGAGAGAGAAAAAAAGAGCUACUUGACAUGACGUGCUGAUAACCGUUAUUCUAAUUUUGUUUAGUCGUUGGCAGGAAAAGGGAAGUAGAUCAGCCACUACAACCCAGUUAAACCACUAGAUGCUGACAGAGAAACAGAAUGGCAGCGUACGCAACAGCAACAAUACUCUACAUUUCAAUCGGGUUUUGGUUUAUUUUGAGUGCUGACAGCUACAAUGAAUUUUCAAAUCAGGCGUUAACUGUUCAGCCUGGAGGAUCUGUCACCAUCCCAUGUCAUUAUAAUAAGCAAUACACACAACUGAAGAAACAUUGUUAUUUAGAAACUGAUAAAUACACAAACACAAGAGAGAAGAAUCUGUUAGUAAUUGAUCAUCCUGAUCAGAGUCUCUUUACUGUGACUAUGAGGAACCUGCGGGAGAAUCAAACUGGACUUUGUUAUUGUGUUGUGGAGACUGGAGGAACGGGGACUGUUAUAUAUCAGUUUUACCUCAAGGUUCAAUAUGUUCCUGAUGUGUCUGUGAUGAGCAGCAGUGUAUCUGGACAUGAAGGUGAUACUGUCAGUGUUCAGUGUUUCUACAGUUCUGGAUAUAAGAAUGAACAGAAACAGUGGUGCAGAUAUAAAAAUCAGAAGUGUUUCGGAGAGAAGAAGACUGACACAUCAAAGAGUUCAUCAGUGCAGAUCAGUGAUGAUGGUAAAAGCUCCUUCACUGUGCUGAUGACUGGACUGACACUUUCUGAUUCUGGAUGGUAUUUCUGCUCUGUAGGAAACCAAAUGAUCCCUGUUCAACUCACUGUAACCCAUACAGAAUCAGAUAGGAAUAAUAAAGACAGAGAUGAGAAACUUUCGCCCGUGUGGUUUUUUGCUUUAGCUCCAGUUCUUCUGAUUUCAUUGAUUCUGGUUGGUGUUUUCAUCUUUAAAUGGAGACGGAGACCUAAGCAAGAUGAACAUCAAUUAAAAGAAAGGAACAGCAGCAGAACCACUGAUGACAUCUCCUCUAAACAUGAUGAUCUUGCUGUAUACUGCUCUAUAAAUGAUGAAACCCCAUAUUCCAUUUCUCCACUGGAUCCCAACAAGAACAUGAACUACAGUACUAUUGAUUAUAUUCCUGGGAGUGAAGCCAAGAGUUCAGCAGGAAGAGAUGUUUACAGCACUGUGGGUCCACACUGAGAAAAACACAGAUUCUACUGUCUGAUAGCAAAGAACUAACACGACUGCUUCUUUUAGCUUAGUUUUAUUUAAUGUUUAAGGGUGUGUUCACACUUGGCUGGUUUGAUGUAUGUAGUGUACCUGUCCUAUGCAACUCUUGCAUUUCUUUGUAUGGAGAGAGACUCUGAUUGGAGAUCUUCUCAUAACUCUGAAUAAAGCAUGUUCAAAAGUC